GGCGUCUCACGACGCGGCAAAACUUGCGUCUGUGUAGAUUUGUUGCUUGCACAUUUGAAAAUUUAACAAAAUUUGCAUUGAGAUGCAGGCAUUUUUGAAAACUGGAAAGUCUGGCGGAAGCAGCAGCAGCGCGGACAAAGCCCAAGGCGGUGCCGUGGAGCGUCGCAAGCCGCCGGCUCCAUGGGUGGAGAAAUAUCGCCCACGAAGCGUGGAUGAUGUUGUCGAGCAGUCGGAGGUGGUGGCCGUGCUCCGGAAGUGUGUGGAGGGCGCUGAUCUGCCCAAUAUGCUGCUCUACGGUCCACCCGGCACGGGCAAAACGAGCACCAUCCUGGCAGCAGCCCGCCAGAUCUUUGGCGACAUGUACAAGGAUCGCAUACUCGAGCUGAACGCCUCCGAUGAGCGUGGCAUCAAUGUGGUGCGCACCAAAAUCAAGAACUUCUCCCAGCUAUCGGCCAGCCAUGUGCGUCCCGAUGGCCGCCCAGUGCCUCCAUUCAAGAUCAUCAUCCUGGACGAGGCCGACUCGAUGACGCAUGCCGCUCAGUCCGCCCUGCGACGGACCAUGGAGAAGGAGAGCAGCAGCACACGCUUCUGCCUUAUUUGCAACUAUGUGACGCGCAUCAUUGUGCCCAUUACGUCGCGCUGCUCCAAGUUUCGCUUCAAGCCGCUCGGCGAGGAGAAGAUCAUUGCCCGGCUGCAGCACAUUUGUGAGCUGGAGAGCGUCAAAAUCGAUCCAGAUGCUUACAAAACGAUUGUCAAGAUAUCCGGCGGCGAUCUGCGUCGUGCCAUAACCACACUGCAGUCAUGCUUCCGUCUCCGGGGCUCAGAGCACACCAUCAACACCGUCGAUCUGUUCGAAAUGUCUGGCGUCAUACCGGACUACUAUCUGGAGGACUACAUGGAAGUGUGCCGCUCGGGGAACUAUGAGCGUCUCGAGCAGUUUGUACGCGAAAUCGGCUAUUCGGCGUACAGUGUCGGCCAGAUGAUGGAACAAUUGGUGGAGUUUAUUGUCCAUCAUACGAACCUCACCGAUCCGCAGAAGGCAAAGAUCUGCGAGAAGUUGGGCGAAUGCUGCUUUCGUCUGCAGGAUGGCGGCUCCGAGUACUUGCAGAUUAUGGAUCUUGGCUGCUGCAUCAUUCUAGCCCUGAAAUGAACCCCACACAAUCGAAACAAUGUUUUUUUUUUCACUACGGAAGAUGUUGAAAAUAUACUUUAAUAA